UUGGUGUCCUUUUCCCCUUUGCCCGAAGAUCUAAACUCUUCAUUUAAUAUUGCAAACUGUAUUGUCAAGUUAAUGUUCCGAUGGGUUCCAAAUUCCCGUAAUUGUACAUCUAAUGACCUUUGUAAGAUUAAAAUGGUAACUUAAGGGGCAUGUCUAGUAAUAAAAACAACAUUACACGAUGGCCUUGUCUUAGAAGCACAAUGUUAAAGCUCUUACAUUUAACGAUGACCUUUUCUAAGAGGCACAAGGUCUAGCAAACAAUCAACGAGAGAUACAUUUCUUCACAAGAUCUUACAUUUAACGAUUACUUUUUCUAAGAUCUAAGAUAGGUCUAACUGAUUUAAGAUUCAAGAUUCAACACAUUUAUUAAGUAAUUUGAACACAAUCGUAUUCCUCAUUACAUGAUCAAAAUAUAAUUCAAUUAUACAUAUAUACAAUGAUAACACAAUAGGUGUGAAUGUGAGACACGACAGAUAUAAUAUGAUCACUAUUAAUAAUCAGUAUUUUGCACAUUAAAUAUGUACUAAAAAGCUUUGAAAUUGACAUUGAAGGUGGACAAACAAGCGUUACGCAAAACAGACAACGAUGACUUUGUCUAAGAGUAUUUAGGUUCAAGGUCAUAUGUCGUUGACCUUGUCUAAGUGAUACAUUGUUCAAGUUCAAAAUGAGAAUCACCAGGAGACAGACAUCUACACAUUACAAAUAAUUACAUCAUGACAAGUAGUAUAUACAGAAGGUAUUUUUACUACAUUUAUGUUGAUCAACAAACGAGCCAUAUUCACCCGGCAAGGUGCAGUACAGAAAAGUGAUGUAUCUACAUAGCACGUGUUAUCAAGCUAAAGAUAAAGGACUUUAUGCGGUAUCCAUGAGCGCCAGCAUCAAGCAUUAGGACAUAUACGAUAAAGAGCUUCAUGCAGUAUUCAGGAACCUCAGCAUCAAGCCACCACUAGGGCUCAUACGGAAUAAUUCCACAUUCCAUCGCUAAGGUAGAGGUAGGAUAGAGGAGGAGACAAUGUUGGCGCGACAGCAGUUCGACCUUCUCCAGUGUAAACUGUGUAACAACAUCUACGAGGAUCCUCGUCUGCUCGACUGUCUUCACAGCUUUUGUUCAGUCUGUUUAGACAGUUACCAUCAAGAUAGUUCCGAUGCGGGAGAAGAAAUGGUAACGUGUCCACUGUGCCAGGAGGUGACUAAACUGGAGGGAAACGUGAACACCCUUCCCGGGAAUACACUCCUUCAGAAGUACAUAACUCAAGCCCGAAAGGACAAAACAUCCAUCGUAGCAGGGAGGGAAGUGGAGAAAAUGUCACAUGAGUCUUUAACCGAGGCUGAGAGAAAGUGUCCGGAAAUCGUGGCCAGCAUUCAACAACUCGCACAGACAGCGGGAAGUGUUUACGCUGAUAAGCAUGGGGGACAUACACAUGCAUUACACCAGCAGAACGACCCAAACACAGAAAAAGUCCGUAACGGAUUAAAGUUGAAGACGUGUCAACUGCAAGUUCGAGCUAUCGAUCUUGUCCACGGCAUAGACAAAGUGAAUAAAUCCUUCAAUACCUUUCUAGAGCAGAAACAUGAAUUCCGUGAGGUGGUGAAACAUCGAUCCAUGGAAAUACAGGACGCAGUAAAGGCCGUGGAGAGAAGGAUUCUUGCCCGAAUUGAUGAUCGAGACGUGGAAGAGGAAGUCAAGAAUGAUGCGUUUGAGGUUAAAAACAAAUUGCAUAAAGUGUUGAGAUCAACAUUAACGAUGGUAGAUUUUCUUCGGCUACUGUCCGAGUAUGGGUCAGAAAAUGAAAUGCACAAAUAUGUUGAAAAUGUAAGAAAAAGAGAACAGUCGAUUUUCCAAACGCCGUUAACGGCGAUAGAAAGAAGUAUGAGUUUUGAUAUUUCUGAAAGUAAUUUGGAAAAAGAGAUGGACAAUUUAUUUGGUGAAUUAACAGAAACACUCGGAGAUACCGUAGCUUGGGACCCUAUGGCGAACAAUGAUAGGGAGGACUUCGUAAGGCAGCAGCCAAUCUUGUGGAUUCAAAGUGAAUCAAAUGACGCUCGAGAACAUUUAGAGUCAUAUAACUUUCCUACAAAUAUUGCCUAUCCAAUGAGCGCUACAGACACUGGUGAAAUAUCACAAAGACAUGCUGUAAGAUCUCAUCUAUCGACCCAAGGCAGUCAUCACAAAAGGCAUACUUUUCAGAAAUCCAUGUCUUUUGACACUGCUGUCCACAGCCCAUAUACAUACAUCACCAGCGAAAAUCAGCCAUUAAUCGACAACGCUCUGUAUGGAAAAAAUAAAAAUAACAAAUCGACAGAGUUUGAAAUUCUGAACGAAACGAAAAGCAAUCAACAAGUUGAUGACUCGGCUAAUACGUCGGAGGAUCAGUUCCAUAAAGCAAUCGACACGCUAGUAUCACGUACAUCCCAUCCUACUAGCCACAGAAGCAGGAGGGUCAGCGCACCGCCUUCGAUGAUCAUCGAUGCACUGCAUAAGCGUCGGUUGAGUGCAUUAUCGAUACUAGAGCGGGCCAAUAUUAAUACAGAGGGGCUGCAAUUGGCGUCAGACAUCGAGACCGGCAUGACGGAAGCGAGGCAAGAGUGGAAAGAGGAGAACGUAAGACGAAGAAAUACAGCCGAAAACUCUGCUGAUGGAGGCGUGUAACAGAAAUGUAACAGAAGGAGAAACACUUACAAUUUCGAACUAUGAACGACGUUAAUAUGUUACCAUUGCCAAUAUAUCUCUAGUGUCUUAUCAAUAGCUUGCUUUGCAGCAAUGUCAGGUCACAGUCUCCGGAAAUGAAAAGCAAACUCUUGUUAUUUCUUGGUAAAUCAUAGUGCCUGAAAUACGUUUUUUAUAUGUGUUUACUCUGCAAAUAAUGCCAUGUUUUUGUAUAAGUAUACAAGCAUGUACAGCCUUAAACAUAUUAUCAAACAUAGUAAUACCGUAGUGCAAUACCGUAGUAUACCGCUGUCCAUAACCCUCUGUCGAAUAAUAAAGUGUAAUUAAGUUUUUUUCUGUUUUGUUUACACAGUGCUUACACUGCAUAUAUGCAAGGCAUAUGAACUUAUUAAACAACUUAUUUUCAAAUAAUAAGCUUUGAUGGCAAAUUCAAUGAUGAAAUAAUUUUUAAUGCUUAAUAAUUUCCUCAUAAAUUGCAAUGUAUAUACACCAUUUUGUAGAGUAGAAAAAUAAAGCAAUUGAUAUUUGGUAGAUUUAUUUCUAGAAUAAUAUAGACAAUGUAUAGAUCAUUUUCCUGCGCAUUAAUUCUACGUGCAAAAUGUAUUUUUCAGCAUCUGCUUCAGUAAUUUUCAAAUGCUUUUUUAAUAAAGUUGUGUCCAUUCAUCACAAAAUAAAAGAGGUUUCUUAUAUUGGGUACCUCGAAAUGAUCUAAAACAUUUUGAAAUAGCUGAUAAGAAAGUGCAAGCAAUGAUAUUGUUGAUUUUUUCUUGUAUCAUUAUUGAAUUCUCCGAUUAUUUUUUUCAAAAUUGUUGACUCAGAAUUUGUACAGGUCUUAUUGUACGAUUUAUAAAUAUUGGGAUUACAAAGAGUACAUAAACGUAUAAGGUACACACAUAAGUCGGGGAAAAGGUCAACACUCAACAUCUUUAUUUCCCCCAUGGCUGGAGAUAUUCAUAAUAUAUACAAACAUUGAUAGACAUAGAACAUAAAUAAUAUUAUAUAUAUAUAUAAUACUAGUACAGUUCAAAAUUAUAGCAUAUUGGUGUCAAAAUAUGUAUACAAAUAUUGUUGGAUAUAGCUUCAUAUCUAAGGAUAAAUAAAAAGCUUAUAUUCUACAUGCAAAUAAAAUUAAUCUAUUUGAGUUCCAUGCUAGUAAGGUCGUAUGUGAUCCGCCGCUUGGAUACAAAAGUCUUGACGAAACGAAAUACAAGAGAUUUACAGCAGCGAGUUAUGGCAUACAUAAUAUUGUUUAAUAAUGUAAUGUUUAAUUAAGUAAUAUUGCUCUAAUUUUAAGGAACUGUUGUCGGUUCAUAUCAUAUAUUUGAUAAUGUAAACAUGUUAUAUGUCAAUGGUUAAAAAUCAUACGCAUGUCAAAUUAAAGAUAUUUGUAUACAUGUCAUAUGAUGUUAAACAGUUUAGACUCUGUUGGCAGUGUUCACUGGGUAACUCAAUUAAGACAUUAUUUAUUGUCAAAUGUUUUGGUGACCAAUGCCUCCUCAAAUGGAUUCUGUUAAUGAUGUUAAGGGUUUAAGAGGUAUUCCUCUUACCAGUAUAUUUUCUGAACUAUUUUUAUUUUGCUCGAUCGCGGAAAUGGGUAAUGUGAGCCUUUGCAAAAAUACUGUAAUCUAUAUAUUAGCUUUUUGAAUUGCUAUCUAUUAUAAAUUAUGUUAAACAUGAUGCUAAUGUUAUACUGUGCCUUUAUGGAGUUUCGUAAAGCAUUCGAUGUUGUGUAUAGAAAUGGUAGGCGGUAUAAAAAAACUCACUAUCUACAAAACUGUAUUCAACUCUUCUAAAUAUUUGGUUAAUAAAAUAUCCUUGUGAUAAAAUGUUGCAAAGAAUGAUGUCAUAAUUAUUUCAUAUUAUAUCUCAAUCAAGUUGUGUUGGCAUUAAAUUAAAUAUAGUUUGUUCCUCGUGUAUUGGCAAUUUUAUAUUCGAAUAUGCUAAGUGACUUGCCUUGCUUAAGUAUGGGACGCUCAGUGUAUUACUAAUGACAGCUGUUUAUAUCAGAAUACAUAAAACGACUUAAAAAUACACAUUGUAUACAAAUAUAGAUAGGCAAUUGUAUAUUCGUAUAUAUAGUUUUUGACUUGAACUUAAUGCAGGAUAUAAACUUAAUUUUGAGACUGAACCUUAUAUUUAUGCUCUUAUUUUUUUCAUUUUCUGAUAUUGUAUACCCAUACCACUUAUAUACAUAUACCAUUGAAUUGUUUAUUUUUACGGCUGUUUUUUAUCUGCUCCAUCCAAAAUAUGACUUUGUAAGCACAAUUUUAAGAAAAACAUGUAAUAGAAAUAAAGGAACAUACUGUACAGGUUUCAAUAUCUAAGAAAGCUAAAUACUUCAAAAGAUUUGUCAAAGGCACAAACAAAACCCCGAUGAAAUUGUUCAUUGUGUUAAUUAUAGAUAUGUUAGAUAUUGCGUAACGGACACUACAACAAUCUGUGAUGUUUUCACAAGGUGGAAAAUAUGGUAUCAUUUAUUUUGUAAACACAAUCAAUAUUUUUCACAUUUUGAUAUGUUUAAGGCAAAGAUGAGUCAUUUUUUAAACUCAUUUAUCUUCUAAAUUUAAUAAAUAAAACUAAAUUAGAAAAACGAACCUAUUCCUCUACUUCCUCUACUCGGAGCCACUCAAUUGAUUAUCAUAAGUAAAGUAUCCUUUUAAAGCUUAAUCAUUUUUCUACUUAAAUUUAUAUUUUGAACUGUCUUGAACUGUCUUUGCAUAUUAAGAGAUAUGCAGUUAGGUAUUAAGCAUGUCAUUUUUUAAGUUACAGCAGCAUGCCAAUUUAAAUACCCUCCUUUAGUGUACUCACUCCGAGCAAAUGGUAGAUAAUAAACUUAUGCACCAGGCAACCACGGCCCUUCCUGGUCAGUUGGUAUACCGGGGAUAGCCGGGGAAAUGGACCGUGUUUUUACCUUCUAGGUGGCCCCACAGUGCCGGGUGAAUGCGGUGUUUUUGUCUUCGCGUCAAAGUAGCGGGGAAUGGGCCUUACCUAGAGUCCCUGGGGUGUGGGGGAAUUUAACAAGCAGUUCGUCUCCGCAGGGCGGGGAUUUUACCCGGGGCUUAGAUCGAAAGUCAAAGUUCCUGCUAUUCCCCGGACCUGGGGAGCCGUAGUUAAAAUUGACUGGUGCAGUAUAUUACAAACCAAUAUACUAUGGAUUAUUUCAAACCAAUAUACUAUGGAUUGUUUCAAGAAGUGUACAGAAACUUGUGAUAAUUUAAUAUAACAUGGAAUAGUAUAUAGGACUCAAAAUACUUUUUUCGCUGAAACAAAUGUUGAAAGACAAUGACGUUUGAUGAUAUUGUAAAGUUUUUUGAGACAUACUUUAUGUUCACGAUAUCAGACAAGAACAAACGGUUAGUAGGUAAAUUAUUAUUUUAACCUUAAUAUAAAAAUAAGUUUAAUAAAUUUAUGUUUUAUUGUAAAACAAACAGCCAGUUAUCAAUUACCUGCAUUUGAGAAGCGAAAAAUAGCUUUCACGAGUUGCAAAAAUAUGAAUGUUUCUAUGUUUUAAUAAUUACUUUACAUGGCAUAAACCUAUUAAUAUCAGUGUCUUAAUUAGUAUCGUAGAAGAUAAUAAUGUUAUGUUGAUACUAUUACUAGUUAUCAUGUUCCGUACUCAUCAAUUUUCACGUGUUGUAAUUCAAUAUAAGUACUGUGUCAUAUUCGCAUAAGCCGGUAAUAAUACAGCAAGUGUACUGUU